AUGUUCUGCCUCAAACGAGACAAGGCUAUCAAGCUUCCCGAAUACGAGGAGCCCGCAUACGUCCCCACAGAUGUCCUCCUCAGCACCGUCCUAGGCGAGCUGGACCAGAAUGAGAAGGCACUGCUCCCUAUCACCCGCCCCGGAGAGGCCGAGAUGGCCGAGCGCCUUUCAAGCGUUCGCGACCAGAUCAAGGAGGCCAAGGUCGACUGGUAUGUUGUCACCAGCGAAGACGAGCAUGGGUCCGAAGAGGUUGCGGUCUCGGAUAAGCGUCGCGAGUGGAUCUCAAACUUCACCGGUUCCGCUGGUACUGCUUUGAUUCCCUCGUCGUCCAUCGAUGCCAAGGCCCUGCUUUUUGUCGACUCGCGUUACUGGAGCCAGGCAGAGGAGCAGGCACCCAAAGAGGGCUGGAAGGUGCAACGCGUCGGGGAUGGGACUGGAAGUGGUCCCGGCAUGGUUGCGUCUGGCUGGCUUGACUAUGUGGUGAAUGAGCUCGAGGACGGCUCGCGUGUGGGCAUUGACCCCAAGCUUAUCUCGAAUGCCGCCGCCUUGAACUUGCAGGCACACCUCCUUCGAGGCAAGACCGAGCUGGUUCCCAUCAAGGUUAACCUUGUUGACAAGGUGCACAGCCCGCCUGCGCGCUCCCUGGGUCCUCUCACUCCCUACCCGGCCACUCUGGCUGGCGAGGUAACCAAGACCAAGCUCACCCGCAUGCGAGCCAAGCUCCACGCCGUCGCACACUCCGACGAUUGGAUCUACCUCAUCCCGACAUUGACCACUCUCACUUGGCUUCUCAACUAUCGCUGCCGCGCCGACAUUCCCUUCUGCCCUGUCGCAUUCGCAUACGCCGUCUUGACGCCUGACAAGUGCGUCCUCUUUGUCGACCCGCGCAAGGUCCGCAACCAGGAGCUGUUGGACGAGUGGGCGCAGGGCGGCAUACAGACUCGCCCUUAUGGUGUCGACGAGGUCGAGAAGUUUGUCAAGGAGGUCGCUGCUCAGGUCAAGGCCCGUGAUGAGAAGGCCAAGCCUAAGAUUCUCGCGUCCAACGACAGCAGCUGGGCACUGAUCAGCGCCUGCGCACCUAUCAAAGUGGAGACCAUCCUUCAAAACUUCCGCAACGCGUAUCUCCGUGAUGGCAGGGCAAUGGUCCGUUGGUUCGCCUGGGUGGAGCAGCGUCUCAUCAAGGAGGAGAAGGAGCUCAAGGAAUGGGACGCCGCCGCCGUCCUCACUCGUUACCGCCGUAAGGAGGACAUGUUUUCCGGCCUGGCGUAUGACGACAUUUCUGCGAGUGGCCCCAAUGGAGCAUCACCCCACUACGUUCCAACUCGUCAGACGCAGCAGCCCAUCGACAUUGAUGCUCCUUAUGUCAUUGACUCUGGACCGCAGUACCUGGAUGCUACAAUUGACACCACCCGCACAUGGUUCUUUGGCAAGACCCCGACCGAUGACAUGAAACGUGCCUAUACUCGCGUUGUGCAGGGUCACAUCGCCGUCGCCUCACAGGCAUUCCCUCGCGGUACCGACGCAUUUGCUCUGGGGUCGUAUUCCAAGAAGUUCCUCUGGGAGGACGGUCUCGACUACGGACAUGGCCUCGGCCACGGUGUUGGCAACUAUGGAGCUGUCCAUGAAGCGCCGGUCUUCUUCCAGCGCGGCUUCUCGUUCCAGCCCACGCAUGUCACGACCAUCGAGCCUGGCUGCUACCUCGAGGGCCAGUACGGUAUCCGCGUCGAGAGCGUGUACAUCUGCAAAGAGGUGGAGGUCAAGUAUCCCCGCGAGCACCACUGGCUGGGCUUUGAAUGCGUCACCCGCGUCCCCAUCGACACCCGCAUGAUCGACUGGACUCUCACGACCAAGUCGGAGAUUCGCUGGAUCAACGCAUACAACACCAUGGUGCAGGACGACGUCCUCCCGCUCUUGGACGACGACGACUUUGACGGCCCGGCUCGCGACUGGAUCAAGCGCGUGUGUAAGCCCAAGAUCAUCCUUCCUUGGACUGGUGCAUGA